AUGGCAUGCCUGCUCUUCAACAUCUGCCUAUCUCUGUUCCUGGAGCAGAAGUCGCAUGUUGGUCGCGUCGUGGCGCUGGACGAGGCACACAAGUACCUCGGGCAGUCAGGAGAAAGCCAGGUGCUUACGGAGUCGCUGUUGCAGACUGUCCGCCUCCAGCGACACCUCGGAGUUCGGAUGUUCAUAUCGACGCAGGAACCUACAAUAUCGCCAAGGCUAUUAGACUUGUGCACUGUGACGAUCGUCCACCGUUUUUCGUCGCCCGAUUGGCUGCGGAUCCUCCGCCGUCAUCUUGCGAACGAGGACGCCACUCCGGUGGAAGAGGCGAGUUCAGCUACACCUGGGCAGACACGCGCCGUGACGGACUUGUUCCCCAGGAUCACGGCUUUACGUACAGGACACAGUCUCGUAUUCGCACCCACUGCACUGAUCGGGAGGUCUCGGGAUGCGGGGGGGUCCGCUGAUGGCUUUUGCCGGAACGCGAUCCCGCCCCUCGAGAACCUGAACGGAUGGGACACACUGCGCUGUUGCCUUGCGCUCUCGCCAUCUGAUGGUAGCUUAUGUUGGGCAGGAGACACCCUGCCAGGUCUUGCUGCCCGGACGGUGCCCUGCAGCCAGGGUCCACAUUGCGGCUGUCUCGCUCUGCCAUCACGGCUCUUUCGAUGCGACGAGCGCCGUUAUGCGCUCGCCCACGCGAAGCAAGUCGCACUCGUCCCGGCUCGGCACAUCGCCCUGCGGCUGUUUGUAGCCUUCGAACCAAGUAUGCUCCAGCGGGAACAUAGAACUCGCUUUGCCUCGGCCAUAUCUGGCACCUCGCGCAGCCAGCUCAAGUUGACAUGCUCCCUCCAACAAAUCGGGGUGAACGCUGCCGUUCUGAGCGGCCUAUCCAACUCGACUGUUGUCGAGCAAAGCGCUGACGACUCUGUUAGCACAGCCCUUUCCAGUUUCGCCACUGAACGGACGUACGGCUUGCUACCCCAAUUCAGCUCUUGGCAUGUCUUCCGCUACAAGACGUUGAGCAUCGCCGACUGUCUCUACCUCGUGCGCGGAUUCAAGUCGGGCUUCCUCCUUGCCCUUGCGGAAGCCGCUCCCGACAUCGCCACGCUGGUUGGUCUUAAGUGCAAAAGCGACUAUGAUGCUGCUCGCAGAGACGUCGACGAUUUGGGCCAGAUUCUAGACUUGCUUGCAAACCAGCAAGAACCCCAAAGGAAGCAUCUUGUGCCAGCGAUGGGUCCGGCAGCACUGUCGCGUGUUUUGCAACCAACCAGCAAGCAUGGAGCGACGAAUAGCGCAGGCGCACCACGGCAAUUCUGUGUAGGAAAUGCGAUUGCCAGCCAGAACACAUGGGGACUGGACGUCGAGAUUGUUCCUACGACACACGCCCGACACCGCACCAAAUGGCUGGCUGAGAUCGACGCGGAAAUAGCAGUCGUUUGUAACGUCGAUGGCAACCCUUGGAAAUGGGAGGGGGCUGGCAAGGACUUUCCGGCCGCAUGGAGGGGUUUCGUUGCGGACAACAAAGUCUCUCAAGAGGCCAUCGACAGGUUGUCGGUACACGUGGUGGCGCCGCCUCCAUCAAAAGAAGAGGCGCGGGUCGUCAAAGACGGUCAGCUCUGGAUGGCAUCCAUUGAUGCGAAUGCCGUCUCCCAAGUGGCUGUAGCAUUCGGCUUCAGGCAUGAAGCGCAGGACUCAACACAUCAAGAGCCACGGCUAUCUGACCUUGAGAUCCGACAACGGCGGCUUGCCUGGCUCGAUCAAUAA